AUUGUCACAGCAUUAAAUAACUAUUCUGGUAUUAAUCACACAGAUGAGUUGGCUGAAGUUGAUACAUUUCCUACAUGUGGAGAGCAACAACAGGAAGACUACAAAGAUAAGAAGUCUCACCUCUGCACCCACUGUGGGAAAAAUGUCCUUUCUAUAUCACUGCUAAAAAGGCAUAUUAAAAUACACUCAGGAGAGAAGCCCAACUCGUGUUCUGACUGUGGGAAGAGUUUCAUUUCAUCAUGUAAUUUAACUAGACAUGAGAGAUUGCAUUCAGGAGAGAAGCCUUACUCCUGUCCUGACUGUGGGAUGUGUUUUUCUCAAACACACAGCCUUAUUACUCACCAGCGCAUACAUACUGGAGAGAAGCCUUACUCCUGUUCAGACUGUGGGAAGAGUUUCUCUCAGUUAGCCAGCUUCAAAACUCACCAGCGCGUACACACAGGAGAGAAGCCGUACUUGUGUCCUGACUGUGGGAAGAGUUUCUCUCUGCUAGAUAGACUUAAAACUCACCUGCGCAUACAUACUGGAGAGAAGCCUUACUCCUGUCCUGACUGUGGGAUGUGUUUUUCUCAUACACAUAUCCUUAUUACUCACCAGCGCAUACAUACAGGAGAGAAGCCUUACUCCUGUUCAGACUGUGGGAAGAGUUUCUCUCGGUUAGGCAGCUUCAAAACUCACCAUCAGUUUCCAAGGUGUUACGCUGCUAUAUUAUUGUGCUGGGGGACAUGAGGGAUGUACUACUAACU